GCUAAGCAUCAGUCGAGCGCUGUUCCCGUACCAAAAAGGUCGCGAGUAUCUACAAAAUUAUUUGUACGGUACAAGGCAAAGUAGAAAGAAGGAAAAAGAGGAUAUCCUUUCCUCAUUGGAGGAAAACCCCUUUUUUCCCAUUUGGAUAGAAAAUUUUAGAAAGAAAAGUUGCUCAAGGAAGAUCCAAGUGUGAAUUUUUCUUGGGAGGGAACAGUGAAAAAGCCAGAAUAGUUUUAAGUGGUUUCUAGAAGUAAAAUCAGUUCAAGAAAAAAAAAAAGAAAAUUCAAGAAUUUCUUCGUGGAACCCAUUUCCUGCUGCAACUUUUAUAAUAUCAGUGGCAUAUAGUGUGUGCUUCGUACAAGUGUUAGUGAAGUUUUCUUAUUCGAGAAAUUGGAAAAAGUUCCUCUCAAGAGGGACUUAAAAGUUGGUUUAGAGGUUGAAACGCAUUGUUAAAGGAUAGUGCGUGUUGUAUUUGAGUGUGUGGGGUAAUUUGUUGUGUUGUUCUACAUUUGAACGCACAACAUUAAAUUGCACAUACAUUUGUUACUCGCGCGUUGGGGCUAGAAUUUUUAAACUUAAUUGGAGAGAGGAUAAGAGUGGAGAAAGGGAAUUCAAGAAACGAUUAUAAUAAUCAACUAACUAUCUCUACCGUUAGCAGGUCAAAGAAAUUCACGUCGCAGGAUGCCGCCUAAAAAGCAACAGGGAGGGGGUAAAAAGGGGAAAGAAAAUCUAGAGGACCUUAAGCAGGAAUUAGAUAUCGAUUACCAUAAAAUUACACCAGAGGAGCUAUAUCAACGAUUUCAAACACAUCCAGAAAAUGGUUUAAGUCACGCCAAAGCUAAGGAGAACCUUGAACGUGAUGGACCAAAUGCGUUGACACCACCAAAAACCACACCAGAAUGGGUUAAAUUUUGUAAAAAUUUAUUCGGUGGUUUUGCCCUGCUACUAUGGAUCGGAGCUAUUCUAUGUUUUAUUGCUUACUCAAUUCAAGCCAGUACAAGUGAAGAGCCUUCGGAUGAUAAUUUGUAUCUGGGUAUUGUACUUGCUGCUGUAGUUAUAGUCACGGGUAUUUUCUCAUAUUAUCAGGAAUCGAAAAGUUCGAAAAUUAUGGAAUCAUUCAAAAACAUGGUGCCCCAAUUUGCUACUGUGAUCCGAGAGGGUGAAAAAUUGACGUUACGCGCUGAAGAUAUUGUGUUGGGUGAUGUUGUUGAGGUGAAAUUCGGUGAUCGAAUUCCUGCUGAUGUUCGAAUUAUUGAAGCCAGGAACUUCAAGGUGGACAAUUCAUCUUUGACUGGCGAAUCUGAACCUCAAUCGCGUGGACCUGAAUUUACUCAUGAGAAUCCAUUGGAAACGAAAAAUCUGGCCUUUUUCUCGACAAAUGCUGUGGAAGGUACAGCAAAAGGUGUUGUCAUCAGUUGCGGAGACAAUACUGUCAUGGGACGUAUUGCUGGAUUGGCAUCUGGCUUGGACACUGGUGAAACUCCCAUUGCUAAGGAAAUUCAUCAUUUCAUUCAUUUGAUCACGGGUGUGGCUGUGUUCCUCGGUGUUACUUUCUUCGUUAUUGCCUUUAUUUUGGGUUAUCACUGGUUGGAUGCUGUCAUUUUCUUGAUUGGUAUCAUCGUCGCUAAUGUACCUGAAGGUCUUUUGGCCACUGUGACUGUAUGUCUGACGCUGACCGCGAAACGUAUGGCAUCGAAAAAUUGUUUGGUGAAGAAUUUGGAAGCUGUAGAAACUUUGGGAUCUACUUCAACCAUUUGCUCUGAUAAGACUGGAACACUAACCCAAAAUCGUAUGACUGUCGCUCACAUGUGGUUUGAUAAUCAAAUCAUUGAAGCCGAUACCACUGAGGAUCAAUCUGGUGUCCAAUACGAUAGGACUAGCCCCGGAUUUAAAGCUUUGUCACGAAUUGCCACUCUCUGCAAUCGAGCUGAAUUCAAGGGAGGCCAAGAAGGUGUUCCAAUUUUGAAGAAGGAAGUCAGUGGUGACGCUUCGGAAGCUGCUUUGUUGAAAUGUAUGGAAUUGGCCUUAGGAGAUGUUAUGUCGAUUCGUAAGAGGAACAGGAAAAUUGCCGAAAUUCCAUUCAACUCCACUAAUAAGUACCAAGUAUCUAUCCAUGAGACUGAAGAUCCUAGCGAUCCCCGAUAUUUGCUUGUAAUGAAGGGUGCACCAGAACGUAUUUUGGAACGUUGCUCUAGCAUUUUUAUCAACGGAAAGGAAAAGGUUUUGGAUGAAGAAAUGAAGGAAGCUUUUAACAACGCCUACUUGGAACUGGGAGGCUUGGGUGAACGUGUUUUGGGAUUCUGUGAUUUUAUGUUGCCAUCUGACAAGUACCCCACUGGCUAUAAAUUCAACACGGACGAUGUAAAUUUCCCAAUUGACAACCUACGUUUCGUUGGUCUUAUGUCUAUGAUUGAUCCUCCACGAGCUGCUGUCCCUGAUGCUGUUGCCAAGUGUCGUUCUGCUGGUAUUAAAGUCAUCAUGGUUACUGGUGAUCAUCCAAUUACAGCUAAAGCUAUUGCAAAAUCAGUCGGUAUUAUCUCGGAAGGCAAUGAAACUGUUGAAGAUAUCGCACAAAGGCUUAAUAUUCCUGUUUCUGAAGUGAAUCCACGUGAAGCUAAGGCAGCUGUUGUACACGGAUCAGAAUUGCGAGAUGUUACAUCCGAUCAGUUGGAUGAAAUCUUACGUUAUCACACUGAAAUUGUAUUCGCUCGAACAUCACCACAACAGAAAUUGAUUAUUGUUGAAGGCUGUCAGCGAAUGGGUGCUAUUGUUGCUGUAACUGGUGAUGGUGUAAAUGACUCGCCUGCGUUGAAAAAAGCUGAUAUUGGUGUUGCUAUGGGUAUUGCUGGUUCUGAUGUAUCAAAACAGGCUGCUGACAUGAUUUUGCUCGACGAUAACUUCGCUUCAAUUGUAACUGGUGUGGAAGAAGGCCGAUUGAUUUUCGAUAACUUGAAGAAAUCCAUUGCCUACACCCUUACAUCUAACAUUCCUGAAAUUUCGCCAUUCUUAGCUUUCAUUCUUUGUGAUAUCCCUCUACCAUUGGGUACAGUGACAAUUUUAUGCAUCGAUUUAGGAACAGACAUGGUGCCAGCUAUUUCUUUGGCUUACGAAGCUGCUGAAUCAGAUAUUAUGAAGCGUCCACCACGUGACCCUGUAAACGACAAACUAGUAAAUUCCAGAUUGAUUUCAAUGGCUUAUGGACAAAUUGGUAUGAUUCAAGCGGCUGCUGGAUUCUUCGUGUAUUUCGUGAUUAUGGCUGAGAAUGGCUUUUUACCAAGAAGAUUAUUUGGCAUUCGAAAGAUGUGGGACUCAAAAGCCGUUAACGAUCUAACAGAUUCAUAUGGUCAAGAAUGGACAUAUCGUGACCGCAAGACCCUUGAAUUCACCUGUCAUACUGCUUUCUUCGUAUCAAUUGUCGUUGUACAAUGGGCCGAUUUGAUCAUUUGUAAGACACGUCGUAACUCCAUUUUCCACCAAGGAAUGAGGAAUUGGGCAUUGAACUUUGGUCUUGUAUUUGAAACUGCUUUAGCUGCAUUCCUUUCGUAUUGCCCUGGAAUGGACAAGGGUCUUCGAAUGUAUCCACUGAAAUUCGUUUGGUGGUUACCUGCUAUCCCAUUCAUGUUGUCCAUUUUCAUCUAUGAUGAAGUACGUCGUUUCUAUCUACGUCGCAAUCCAGGAGGUUGGCUGGAACAGGAAACAUAUUAUUAAGUUAAAAGCUAAUGAUAAUGUACUAAAUAAGAAUAAUAUUAAAAUUAAAUUUCAAUAGGAAAAAAAAAUGAAACAAAAUAAAACAAAAAUGCAAGCUUAAAAAGUGCAAACGUUUAAAAAACAAGUAAAAUAAUUUGCUGAAUACAGAUUAUAAUUUUUGGAAAAAAAACAAAGAAAAAUAUUUAUAGAUUUCAUCGUCUUAUCUUCUGAUUUUCUUUUGUAAAAGAUAAUAUAUUUUAUAGGAUUUAUAGUUUUUCAAAUGAUCAAUUUUAAAUGCAUCUAAUUCCCAUUGUUUGUGUGGUUAAAUGUCUCUUUUAUAGAAAGUAAUGAAAUUUUGAUUUUCAUUGAAGCCUGUGAGAACAUGUUUUAACUCAUGUGUCUUUUAAGUAUUAAUUAAAGAUAGAUUAUCCGGCUCGGUUUUUACAAUUUGGUUUAUUUCUAAAAUAAAUGAUUCUUUUCCUAAUGAAGCAUUCUUUGAAAAGUUGGAAACCUCUAAUGACAUCCAAGAGGAAAGUGUUUAGUUCUCCCGUCCUUACUCAUUUCCAUGGUUUUUUGGUAAUACGUGCAUAGGCUUCUUCUAAUUUUACGGAAAUUUCUAGUAAGAUAGAAACAAAUAAGUUUUUUAAAGAUAUUUUAAGAAAUGAGGGAAACGACGAAUCUGCAGAACAAAGAAGUAUAUUAUGUACCGAUUAGUUUGCAGUUGGAAAUGUGGUUCUAGUUGUAAAUCACAUGAUAGACUUUCCGCUUUGUUAUAAUUAUUUCUUGAUAUAUUUUUCCGUACCCCAAAUCGGCUGCAGUUUCCAUUGGAAUUAAAUUUGAAAGUAUUUCGCGCUUCUUAGAGGAACAUUUCUUUAUCAUUCGCUUGGAUUUCUACGAAGAAAUAAAUAUUUUGUGAGAUAAUGGUUGAUUUUCAAACUCCAACUAGAGAACACAUUAUGUAAACCCUGAUCGUUUCGAAAUUUUAAUAACCCUACACUAAACGAGGAAAGGAAACGAGACGAAAAUAGAUUAGAUAAAUAGCGAACGAUCUUUGUAGUGUUAUUCACAGUACUAUAAUAGCAAUUUUGGCAGUAACGAGAUAUCAAGAUGAAAAGAUAUGCAUGUUGACACAAGAAGUAAAUUUAAUUAAAAUACAAAAACAUAUUUAAGUAAAAUUAUUGAAAUAAAAGAAGGUAAACAUUUGUAUUGAAUUAGAAAUUUACUCUAAAGAAAAUAAUAAAAUAUUUGCAUUGUAUAGCUCUAUAUAUCAUGUUCAUCCCUAAAACUCGAAACUAGAACUAGAAUUAGAUCGAAAGGAAGAAUAAAUUGAGUGGAAACGAAGGAGAAUUCGAAUACAUGAGUAGAUAUCGAUUUUGCUUUUCCUUUUUCUCAUUUCUGAGAUAGUUUUCAUGAAUCCUCAUGAACCAUCGGAGCAGAGCUUUAUUUUGAAUGAACCUUCACGUAUGCUUGAAAUUUAGAGCAAUUGUCUUUCACUCCCACUCUCCCCCACAUGGUUUUAUGCCAGAUCAUUCCGACGGGACACCUCACAACGGAAUUUGUGGUUUAUUCACAUUAUUUACAGACUUCGCAAUUCGAAAGUACGGCCUUGAAAUCGAACAUAAGAUGAUACGCCUACCCCCCACUUCGUUCACUUUUAUUCUCCUUUUAUCUUUUUCCCCACCAAUGUCGUGUCUUUUUGUCUUUAAUAAUAAAAGUAUUUUUGUUAACUAAUAAGUAGUCUUAGACGAGUAAAAACUUUUAAAAGCAGCUCUAAGUAAUUUUGAAGUGGUAAAAUGAAGAAAUUUAAAUGUUAUUACCAAUACAUUAUAUAGAAUUGCAACGCAUCUUAAAACUGCCUGACUGUUGUUAUAUAUAUAAAUAAAUAAAUGACAAAAAGAAGAAAAGUAUAAAUUUCAUUAUUACGAUAUGAUUCUAUUAUUCAUUUGUAAUGGGUAAUAGUUUAGAGAAAUGAGUAUGAAGGAAAAAUUAUUUAACGAUUAGUUUAGAGAAAGUAAAAGUAUGUGAAGAAGGUGUUUAGAUAAGAUUAAGUGAUCGAAUAACAACAUGGAAGAUAUGACUAAAACCUAAACAACAAAUCAGAAAUCAGAGAGAGUCAUUGUAAAGUUUGAUUGAAUAAUUACAGUAUGAAAUAAAGCUCUUAUUGAUUUCUUUAUUCUCA